GUCACUUAUUCAUCAACGUACGUUUUAGUGGCACUGAGUAUAGAUCGUUAUUAUGCCAUUAAAUAUCCAAUGAACUUCUCUGGUUCCUGGAGAAGAGCAAAAGGUUUAGUCAUAACAGCCUGGAUGAUGUCUGUAAUAUUAUCAAUACCAAUUGGGGUUCUGUACCACGAAAGACAGAUACAGGGAAGGCUCCAGUGUUGGAUUGAUUUUUCUGAACCUUGGCAAUGGCAGCUGUACAUGACCCUUGUGGCAGUUUCUGUCUUUGUUGUACCUGCAAUCAUCAUAUCGAUUUGUUAUGCUUUCAUAGUUUUCACAAUCUGGUCUAAAGGGAAACAAUAUAGCCAAAAAGCAUGUGACGAAACAAGGAGAGCAAGCUCCAGGGGCAUAAUUCCUCAGGCCAAAGUUAAAACUGUCAAAAUGACUUUCAUAAUUGUCCUUGUGUUUGUAUUAUGUUGGAGCCCUUACAUCGUAUUCGACUUGCUUCAAGUAUUUGGACACAUUCCCAAGACCCAGACGAAUAUAGCAGUCGCUUCACUUAUCCAGAGUCUGGCACCUCUCAAUUCAGCGGCGAAUCCAUUUAUUUACUGCUUGUUUAGUGCUUCAAAGACUACAAGAUGAGCCCCACUUCCCAUUUAUCUUUAAUCGGAAUGGUUUCAUUUCUCAUCUAUGACUGUGUUAAAUAUGUUUCAAUUUUAGAUGUAGGGGAAUUGGAUAAAAUCAAAAGUGGCUAUAUUUUUUAAGUGUUAAUUUACUCAGUGCAACUAGAAAAGAAAAUAAACUCUAUAAGCUCACUACAUUAAGCAUUAC